GCCCAGCUGUCCGGAACCAUGACUGAAGAUGACGGAUUCGGUGGUGGUGGAGGGGCAGGUCAAAUUGAGAGAUGGAAAAAAGUGGAAGACUAGGUGGCUGGUCCUCCGCAAGCCGUCCCCAGUGGCAGACUGCCUGCUGAUGCUGGUGUUCAAGGAGAGGGCAGAGCGAGCCCGGGCGCAAAAGGAGAGGAGCAGCGUCACCCUGCAGGACAUUUGCGGGCUGGACCCCGGCCUGGCCUACGAGGGCCUCAGCCACACGCUGGCCAUCAUCUGCCGCUCCCAAGUAGUCAUGCUGGGCUUCGACUGCAAGGAGGCCAUGUGGGCCUGGGACGCCCGCAUCCGCUACGCCCUGGGCGAAGUGCACAGAUUCUCCGUGUGCGUGGCUCCGGGCACGAAGCUGGACAGCGGCCCGGCCACCCUGCACCUGUGCAACGACCUGCUGGUGCUGGCCAAGGACCUGCCCCCGGCCGUCACGGGGCAGUGGCGGCUGUCGGACCUGAGGCGGUACGGCGCCGUGCCCGACGGCUUCGUCUUCGAAGGCGGCACCAGAUGUGGCUUCUCUGAGGAGGUCUGA